AUGUCAACAAUUGUUGAAAAUUGUUUAAAUGAUGUAGAAUUGGAUGUAGAAGAUACCAAUAAUAAUUCUUUAAUAGUUGCUAAAAGUAGUAAAGAAGCAUUUUAUAAUAAGAUGAUGAUUGAUAAAGAAAUUUUUGAUGACAAUGAAGCAUCUGACUAUAAUAGAGAAAAUAUAUUUAAUUAUAAUGAAGAAAUGUUUGAUGAAGGAAUAGUUGAUAUAGAAAUAGUUAACCAAGGGGCAUUUGAUAAAAUGGUAGAUGAUGAAGGAUGGAUUAAUUAA